AUGAUUCUGAGAAUAAAGUCGGUGGAAUUUCGAUCGAAGACUCGUUUUCUUGAACGAGAAUUCAGAUCGACGAUUCAACAACAACAACAACGACGACGACGACGACGACAAGCAAACAGCAGAAGGAGCCGGUUUCGAGCAAAAGUGCGAGGCACCUUCGAGAUGUUUAAUGUUUAUCUCGUAGGUGAGGUGUUCCUCGUUAAUCCGUUUGAUGGCUCUUCGUUUUAUAUAGAGUCGAUAAACGAGAAUCACGAGGUUGGAUUACUUCCGUCUCGUGAGCUUAUGCAAAAUAAGGAGACAGUCGUGAAGGCCCUUGACCCAGAAAGCAGUUUCAAAUGCAGAAUACAGGAUUAUCAGGGACUCGAGCCACUUCCCACGAUAAUUCCUCGGCCCACGACUAUUAAUAUUUUAUUAACGUGUCAAAUUUACAAGCGAGAGAAUAUGAAAAUGAAUUUGUUUUUAUUAUUCAAUUUUUACAAUUUUUUCCUCUUAAUAAACUGUCAAAAUUUUUUUGAAAAAAAUCAGGGAAAAAUGUUUCUUACUCUAGAUGAUCAACAAAGUAAUAAGAAUAAUAAUUAUGAUUUACGUGUUAAUGAAAAAGAUUUGAACGAGGCACAAAAUUUAUCAGCUAUAAUUCAGUCAAAUUCAAUUCCAAAGCAGAUGAGUGAGGACGAAAAACAAUUUGAAAAAAUACUAAAAAUCGACAAAAUUACCAAAGAUACUUUGAGAAUUAUUGAUGAAAUUUUAAACAACUAUUUUCCUAACACAAUUUGCGAACAAUUAAAAAAUGAGAAAAAAUUUAUCAACAAGGAUGAAAUUUUUCAUGUAAUUCGAAAUUUCACCGAAUGUAUUCAAUAUUUAUCGAAUUCAAUAAAUAACAAUUCUAAUGACGAUGAUGAAUUAAGAAAUUUAACAAUAAGUACUGUCAAUUUAAUAAAAAAUCUCAUUUCACUGAUUGUUGAUAAUUGCAAAAAUGAUACAACUUCAAAAAGUGAGGAAAUAAAUUCAAAAUGUUAUAUGUCCGAAAUUUUAAGGUCAAUCGUCCAAACUUUGGAUGAUUUUAAUCAACUGGAAGAACAAAAUUCUUUCUAUGAGGAAAUUUUGACUGUAUUUGAAGAGGAAAACCACUCGACCCAAGAAUUUAUCGAUCUCCUUUGCAAUAUAUCGAAAAUAUUUGAUAAUUUAGGAAAAAUUGCUAACGACUACGAAAUAGAAAUGGUCAUCGAAAGCAGUAAUUUAGGAGUAGAAUUCGAAGAGGAAAUGGAAAAGAUUCUGGAAGGCAUCAGUAAUAAUACGACAUGGAAGGAAAUACAAUCCUUCCUCUAUGAGGAAGCAAAAAUUAUAGGAACAGAAAGUAGAUCAUCGUCUUUGUGGCAAGAACCAAGUUCCACUGUAUCUGCUACCGGAGAACUGUUUUCAAAUCCAAUGAUUCGAACUUUGAAUUUAACGGAGUCUAGUACAGGAAAACUGUUUUUAAAUCCAAUUAUUCGAACAAUAGACUUAACGGAGUCUACUACGAGAAAACUGUUUUUGAAUCCGACAGAAUUUACGACAACUGAAACUACAACCGCAGAAUUUACAACUGAAUCUACAACCGCAGAAUUUACAACUGAAUCUACAACCGCAGAAUUUACAACUGAAUCUACAACCAGUGAAUCUACAACCACUAAACUAACAAUCACUGAAUUUGUCCAUACAAUUAGUGCACCACCGAUAAAUAUUUGGAUAACUGCCAAUUUCUCCAAUUCCACAAAAGAAUCAGCGACGACUCCCAUUCAAAAUAGUGUUACAAGGGCGGAAUUGGAUGAAGCUAGUUUUAUCGAAACUAGUACAAAAGAAAUUGUAACGGAAAAUACAGCAAACGGUGGACCCAAACUAACAAAAUCGGAUAUGGUUGUCACUAACAAUUUGGAAGAUAAAGGAAAACUGUCACUUGCAAAGUCCCCUACCAAAAGUGUAUUAGAAUCUAAUGAUAAAACAUUGGAUCAAAAAGCGUCUGUAACAGAAUCUAAUGACAGAACGUAUUCAUUGGAUCAAAAAGCGUCUGUAACGGAAUCUAAUCACAAAACCUACCCAAUGGAUCGAAAAGCGUCUGUAACGGAAUCUAAUCACAAAACGUACUUAAUGGGCCAAAAAGCGUCUGUAACGGAAUCUAAUCACAAAACCUACCCAAUGGAUAAAAAAGCGUCUGUAACGGAAUCUAAUCACAAAACAUACCCAAUCCAACAUACUAAUCCGUUAACAACGGAGCCAACUACAACUGCCAAAAGUGAUCUAAUUGUUAAUUUUAAAAUUCGGGAUCAUCCGAACUCAACAAAAGACGUACUUUCUUCUGCUACAUCAAAUUUUCAAGGUGGAAUUACCACUCCAAGAGAAAUACAAACUAUAACCCCUGUUCCAAAAACGGAACCAUUAGCAAUUACUAGAACAAAAGCAACAACUGGAAUCAUUCCAAAGAAAUCAAUUUCUAACGUUUUGUCAAUAACAACUAGCAAGUUGGAAGAAUCAUCUACGAGAGGGAACCCUACAGAAAAAAUGACAAAGCAUUUGGAUCAAAAAGCGUCCGUAACGGAAUCUAAUGACAAAACAUACCCAAUGGAUCGAAAAGCGUCUGUAACGGAAUCUAAUGACAAAACACAACCAAUUGAUCGAAUGGCGUCUGUAACGGAAUCUAAUCACAAAACGUACCCAAUGGACCAAAAAGCGUCUGUAACGGAAUCUAAUCACAAAACGUACUUAAUGGGCCAAAAAGCGUCUGUAACGGAAUCUAAUGACAAAACAUACCCAAUGGAUCGAAAAGCGUCUGUAACGGAAUCUAAUGACAAAACACAACCAAUUGAUCGAAUGGCGUCUGUAACGGAAUCUAAUCACAAAACACAACCAAUGGAUCGAAAAGCGUCUGUAACGGAAUCUAAUCACAAAACGUACCCAAUGGACCAAAAAGCGUCUGUAACGGAAUCUAAUCACAAAACGUACUUAAUGGGCCAAAAAGCGUCUGUAACGGAAUCUAAUCACAAAACCUACCUAAUGGAUAAAAAAGCGUCUGUAACGGAAUCUAAUCACAAAACAUACCCAAUGGAUCGAAAAGCGUCUACUAGAAAUAAAGUAGAGAAGGGGUCAACAAUACUGGAGUCAUCAUCACCAACAUUUACCAAUCCAUUAACAACCGUCGAGCCAACUACAACUACCGAAAGUGAUCUAAUUGUUCAUUUUAGAAUUCGAGAUCAUCCGGACUCGAAAAAAGGCGUCCUUCCUACUGCUAGAUCAAAUAUUCAAGGUGGAAUCACCACUCCAAGAGAAAUACAAACUAUAACCCCUGUUCAAAAAAGGGUACCAUCAGCAAUUACUAGAAGAACAGCAACAACUGGAAUCAUUCCAAAGAAAUCAAUUUCGAACAUUUUGUCAAUAACGGCUAGCAAGUCGAAAGAAUCAUUUCUGAAAGGGAACCCUAGAAAAAAAGUAACAAAGCAACCAGUGAAUACUUUACUCUGCUUCUUUGCAAAACUGUUUACCUGUGUUGGUAAAGUUUUCAAAAAAUUCUACAAUUGUGUGUUUAAUUAAAACUCUUUUCUCCAUCCGAAACAUUAUGCCCAUAAAAACAUUCUGUUAGAUCUAACCGAAAAUAGCCAUUAAUCUGGAAUUAACCCUGCGGCGAGUGCCGACAAACCGCCAUAUCUCCUUCAAGGUGAUAAUCCCUCAAAAUGGUAAAUUAUUCAAACACCAAAUUAAUAAAACUCUAAUGAAUAAAAUUCUACACUUGAACAAAGAAAUAGGUUUGCGAUAAAAAUUAAGAAAGAGUUGAUGUACACUAAAAUAGAUAAAUAUUUUAUAUAUGUAAACAGUGACAAGGUUCUAGAUAAUUCAGAAAACACGUGCACUAAAAUUACAAACUGUAAUAUUGAAUACCAUUAUUCAGUUGUAACACACGUGUAUCAAUAAAAUAAAACAGGGAAGAAGAGGGCGCAAUUUUAAACUGAAGAACGCAAAUGUUUUUUCUGUAGAAAAAAUUAUUUACAUUGUUGAAAUAUUAUUUAAAUAUUAUAACAAUUAUUAAACACUUUAAAAAAUUAUUAUAAUUUAUUAUCAUGUGUAUAUAAAAAAGGCAUAAAUUAAUAUCGUCACUUAAGAAUCAUGUUAGUUAAUAAAAACGAAAAAUCAUUAUUAUUCUUCGACUAUUAAA